AUGUAUGUUGAGAAGUCUAGCAUUGACGUGAAUGGCCUCGGGAUCGGAGACAAUGUAGGAACAUUCUGGAAAUGCAUCCCUCAUUCUUAUCAGCCAGAUGUAAGAUUUUACCCAAAUGGUUUGGACUAUGACAAGGAGCCAAGUUAUCUGAGGUUGGAUAUCAGCAAGAUGACUUUGCACUUCAACAUGGGGAUAUCUUCUGGCAUCCCCGGUGCAUCCCUAGAAUUUGAGGAAUUCAAAUCCUUGAAAAUUGCCAACACAAUACGUGGCUUUGAGGAAUCAGAGAUCACCAAUGAAUUUAUGGUUGAGAUCGGCAAUCAGCUUAUGGAAGAUGACAUUAAGCAAUUGAUUGAACACCAUUCUUCUGUCCUUCUACGACACAGCCAUGAUCAAGUGGAUCUAGAUGCUACAUUAGGACAGCUUCUUGAUCAUUAUUUAUACAGAGAAAAAUUUAAAUUUAACUGUCGUUCUUACAAGCAGCUUGCUCUUGAACUGCUGCAAACUUCCGAAGCCCACAAGAUCUAUAGACUGGAAAGACAGCAAUGGUCUUUGACCUUGCAAAGGCAGAAGUUAGUGGGUGAUUGGUAUCACACUCAUCAAAAGACACUUCCCCCAACAUCGUGGCCAAAUUUGCCAAAGGUGGAAGCAAUCUAUAAGUGCGAGCCAUUUGCAGCUUUCAUUGCCUCAGAAUCAAAUGAAGUUGGAGAGCUUCCAAAGGAACUAGUACAAAGUCACCUGGCACCUUUCCUCGAUUCUUGGAUGCAGGUGCAUGAACAUAACAUGUCUGCCAGGCUAGAAUCUCUGUAUGAGAAUUUGGACCUUGCUGUAAAUGUCUUCAUCUGUGCUUCUUGUGAAGAUGACAGGAUCGGAUGCCCCCCUUUGGUCUUGAUUGGCUUGAAAGACCUUCGUUCUCAUUUUAAAUGCAUUGAUUCACAGUUCGACUUUCAAUUUAGUGCUGCGGGCAGAGCCAACACACUCAUGUUAGUUGAUCUUCUAGGUAUGGAUCUGAAAACAGUGACUGUCAAUGAUCUGGACACAAGAGAUGCACAAAUUUUCUGUGAGGGAUGCAAUGUUUCUUGGAACUCAGGAGUUGCUCGCCAGGCCUUGAUGUGGAGGGAUGUGUAA